AUGCCUUUAUUUGUGCUCUUAUUUCUCAUUUUUUUGUAUUUUCUCCUUUUCUGUAUACUCUUUCUUUUUUCCUCCUUUUUGAACUAUGCCUUAUUUGUGCUCUUAUUUGCCUUUUGUAUUUUCUCCUUUGUCUGUAUACUCUUUCUUUUCCCUCUCUUUUUGAACUAUGCCUUAUUUUCUUAUUUGCCUUUUUGUUUUUUCUCCUUUAUUUUACUCCUUUUUCUUUAUCAACUAUCUUUGCCUUAUUUGCUUUUUUUCUCCUUUUUAUUUUUCUUUCCCCUCAGUUUUUCACUAUGCCUUAUUUUUCUUAUUUGCCUUUUUAUUUUUCUCCUUUGUCUGUAUACUUUUUUUUCCCUCUUUUUCAACUAUGCCUUAUUUGUGCUCUUAUUUGCCUUUUUUAUUUUCUCCUUUGUCUUUUUUAUUUGUGCUCUUAUUUCCCUUUUUUAUUUUUUGUCCUUUGUCUGUAUACUUUUUUUUUCCCUCGCUUUUUUUCAACUAUGCCUUAUUUGUGCUCUUAUUUAUUUGUAUUUUCUCCUUUGUCUUUCUUUCUUUUUUCUCCCUUUUGAACUAUGCCUUUUUACUUAUUUGCCUUUCUUUUCCUUUGUCUCUCUUUCUUUUGAACUUUGCCUUAUUUGUGCUCUUAUUUGCCUUUUGUAUUUUCUUUUCCUUUGUCUGUAUACUUUUUCUUUUUCCCUCCUUUUCAACAAUCCUUUAUUUGUGCUCUUAUUUUUUUUUGUAUUUUCUCCUUUUGUAUACUCUUUUCUUUUUCUUUUUUUCAACUAUGCCUUAUUUGUGCUCUAUUUCCUUUUGUAUUUUCUCCUUUGUUUUCUGUAUACUCUUUCUUUUCCCUACCCUUUUUCAACUAUGCCUUAUUUGUGCUCUUAUUUGCCUUUUGUAUUUUGUCCUUUGUCUGUAUACUUUUUUUUUCCCUCCUUUUUGAACUAUUCUUUUUAUUUUUCCUUUCUUAUUUUCUCCUUUGUACUCUUUCUCCUUUUUUUUGUCUUAUUUGUGCUCUUAUUUACCUUUUUAUUUUUCCCUCUUUUUUUUCCUUUUUGCCUUAUUUGUGCUCUUAUUUGCCUUUUUUGUUUUUUUCCUUUUCUGUAUACUCUUUCUUUUCCCUCUUUUUUUCAACUAUGCCUUAUUUGUGCUCUUUAUUUUCCUUUUUGUAUUUUGUCUUAUUUUUCUGUUUAUCCUUUUUCCUCGCUUUUUGAACUAUACCUUAUUUUGCUCUUAUUUCUUUUUUUUUUCUCCUUUGUCUGUAUACUUUUCUUUUUCCUCGCUUUUUUCAACUAUACCUUUUUGUGCUCUUAUUUCCUUUUUUUGUAUUUUUCCUUUUUUUCUCUUUCUUUUAUCGCUUUUGAACUUAUUUCUUAUUUCUAUUUGUAUUUUUGUCCUUUUUUCUCCUUUGUCUGUAUGCACCUUUCUUUUCCCUCGCUUUUUCAAUCUAUACCUUAUUUGUGCUCUUAUUUGCCUUUUUGUAUUUUCUCCUUUUUCUGUAUACUCUUUCUUUUCCCUCUUUUUUCAACUAUGCCUUAUUUGUGCUCUUAUUUGCCUUUUUUGUAUUUUCUCCUUUGUCUGUAUACUUUUUCUUUUCCCUCUGCUUUUUCAACUAUGCCUUAUUUGUGCUCUUAUUUGCCUUUUGUAUUUUCUCCUUUUUCUGUAUACUCUUUCUUUUUCCCUCCUUUUUCAACUAUGCCUUAUUUGUGCUCUUAUUUGCCUUUUGUAUUUCUCCCCUCCUUUUGUAUACUCUUUGCCUUUUCUUUGUCUCUCUUUUUCCCUCGCUUUUCAACUAUGCCUUAUUUUGCUCUUAUUUGCCUUUUGUAUUUUCUCCUUUUUUCUCCUUUUUUUCUUUUCAACUUUUUGAACUAUGCCUUUUUAUUUUUGUGCUUUAUUUUGCCUUUUUUUUUCCUUUUUUUGUAUGCUUUUUUUUACUUUGCUUUUAUUUGCCUUUUGCUUUUUUAUUUUAUUUUUUGUAUUUUUGUCCUUUGUCUGUAUACUCUUUCUUUUCCCUCGCUUUUUUUCAACUUAUUUGUGCUCUUAUUUUCUUUUGUAUUUUCUUUGCCUUUCUUAUUUUCCCUCCUUUUUCAACUAUAUGCCUUAUUUUUCUUUUUCCCUUUUGUAUUUUAUCCUUUUUUGUAUACUUUCUUUCUUUUUCCCCCUUUUUUCAACUAUGUGCUCUUAUUUGCCUUUUUUGUAUUUUCUCCUUUGUCUGUAUACUAUUUUCUUUUCCCUCCUUUUUUGAACUAUGCCUUAUUUGUGCUCUUAUUUGCCUUUUGUAUUUUCUCCUUUGUUUGUAUACUCUUUCUUUUCCCUCGCUUUUUUGAACUAUGCCUUAUUUUCUUAUUUCCCUUUUGUAUUUUUUCUCCUUUUCUGUAUACUCUUUCUUUUUCCCUCGCUUUUCAACUAUCCUUUUUGUGCUCUUAUUUGCCUUUUUGUAUUUUCUCCUUUGUUGUAUACUCUUUCUUUUCCCUUUUCAACUAUUUUUUCUCUUAUUUUGCCUUUUGUAUUUUCUCCUCUGUUUCUAUAUACUCUUUCUUUUCCCUCUCUUUUUCAACUAUGCCUUAUUUUGCUCUUAUUUCCCUUUUGUAUUUUUGUCCUUUUUCUUUAUACUCUUUCUUUUCCCUCGCUUUUUGA